AUGCUGAGCGGGGAGCGAAACGAGGCCCUUGAUGCGACGAGCUCGCAUUCCUCCAUCUCGGCCAAGUCGUCGUCGCUGACGAUCAGAAGCCCGAUGGCCCGCGACACGCCCCGGGUCUACCGUCUCGUGCUGACGGGAGGGCCGUGUGGCGGCAAGACCACCGGAAUGGUGCGCGUCUCCAACUUUUUCGAGGAGCACGGCUGGAAGGUGUUCAGCGUCCCCGAAACUGCGACGAUUCUUUUGGGCGGAGGAAUCAAGUUCUCGGAGCUGACCGGCAAGCGGCUGUACGAAUUCCAGAAAGACCUUCUCCGCACGCUCCUCCAGAUCGAAGAAGUCUACUUCAACCAAGCGGCGUUGAUCACCGACAAGAAUGUGCUGGUUAUUAGCGACCGAGGCGCCAUGGACCCGUCGGCUUAUAUAGAUAAAGAAGGUUGGGCGAAUAUCUGCGCCGAGCUUGGGCACGACGACACGAGCCUACGCGAUAAUCGAUACGACCAGAUUGUUCACAUGGUGACUUGCGCAGAGGGCGCCGAGGACUUCUACACGGUGGCGAACAACAAUACGCGCGAGGAGGGCAUGGCCGGCGCGAAACGCAUCGACUGGAUGACACGCCAUGUAGUCUGCGAUCGGGCCGGUGUCCAGACUUACGAACGGUUGGCGAAGAAUACGCGGAAAAGAAAAUGGCUGCUCGCCGGCUACAAACAAGACGAAUUCCCGAAAUACGAAGAGUUCCAGCACAAGCACGAUUUUCUGAUGUGCGGCGAGGAUGGGAUUCAGAUGCGCGUUCGGGCACGCGAGCAGAAGGGCAAGCUGUCGUAUACGAUCACUUCUCGAUAUCCGCCCAUCACAGAAGCCUAUCCCCUCGAGACUCGAAUGAAAAUCAACAAACGCGAAUAUGAUCAGUACCGAAAUCUGAUCGAUCAUUCCCGGGUGACGAUUCAUAAGACGCGUCGCUGCUUCGCGUGGGGCAACCACUUCUACUCGUUGGAUCUGCUCGUCUCGCCGCUGCCCCCGUCUUGCCCGCCGGAAGGGCUUCUUUUUCUGGAGACCUACACCACAUUUCCGAAAGGUCACAGCGAGCCGGUGCUGCCCCCGUUCCUCUCCGUUAUCCGCGAGAUCACCGACGAGAAGCAAUAUUCCCUCUACGAGCUUUCGAAGAUCCACAACGGC